AUGGCUGUCUUAUUAAGCAUUUGCGCGUUAAUUUUUAUCUCGCAAAUAACACAACCAGGCGAUUGCUCGAUUGAGCAAGCUAUCAUUCGCAAAAGGAAGCACACUUACUUAGCGAAUCAUGUCAUCCAAACCAAACAGGCAGAAACCGAAUCAGAUUGUGGCAGGCAUUGCGUUCGAGUUGGAUCAUGCUUGUCAGUAAAUUAUAAAACGUCUGGAAUCGGUAAAGGUCUAUGUGAGCUCAACAGUGAAACGUUGCAAGACACAUCUGAUGCUGAUGGAAGUGUACAUAACCCUGAGUUCAACCAUCUUUAUAUAAUCAAAAAGGUAUGAAGAACACGAAAAGUAUUCGAUACUGCAUGAUCUACUUAUAAAAGGUGGCGUGGUUGCGUGUUAAAAAUAUAUAUAAUGGUCAUAGAGAACGUGCUUUUCAUCUACUUAUAAACCAGACAUUGAUAUGAAUCGUAUCGGACAUUGUCAUGCUUCCCGUUUCACUCCGCUUUAAACAAAUGGCUUUUCUAGCAUUAGAAAUUGGGUUAUCUAUGCAGAGACAUGUUUAGGCGAUCAUGCAUGACAACCUCUUAAUAUUUCUACUAUAACUUGAGCUGGAGCUAGGAGAAAACAGAAUCCUUAAGAAAGUUGUGCAUGGCGUCAUAUUAUUUAUAGCCUAUAUUUCCAAGGAUAUUGCAAUCGAUAUUUCGAAAAAGUUUUCGAAGAAAGAGCGCAAAAUCUAGCUAAAAUUUGUUUCUGGUGCACGCACUUCGCCGAGAAGAUUUUCACUUGCAUGCGUAUGGGACAGCUUUCGUAGGAAGAGCCAUCACUUGGUCCAUUCAUACAAUUAAUAUUGAACAAACAAACAAUACUAAAACAACUAGUAAGAAUCAAACGACUGGAAAGGAGUAGUGAAUGCAAUUGCCGUAAAAAAGAUUCCUGUCCUCUCUCCAGACAAUGCUUAACAAGCAGCAUUGUUUAUUAAGCAACUGUGACUAGAAACGAUACCAAAGAGGAAAAGACCUAUGUAGGACACACAGAAGGGGAAUUCAAAACAAGGUACAAUGGUUACACCAUUAGUCACACGAUAGAGUGUAUGUAGAAAAGCUUACUUGUGUGGAGGAAGUUUAUUAGGAUUUACGCCAAGUAUUUCUAAAAUUCGAAACAUUUUUUAUAUUUAGAAACCGUUACAAAAAAUGUCCUUACCACCAAUUUCCUGUCAAGAUAUUCUGACAAAAUCAGCAGGGGCUACAAAUGGACUUUAUAAUAUCUCUGUCGACAACAAACUGGUAACAGUGUACUGUGAAAUGGUUCUUCAUGGUGGAGGUUUCACCUUUAUUCCCAAGUCGGCUGUCAAGAACGGAACCCUACCAAACCUUGUAUCACAACUUUUCACAAACCACUCUGAAGUUCUUCUGUACAUUCAAAAGAAAGAUGGAAGUCAGACCUACACCCACAUCCAACAACUGAAAGAGCAAUCGGAAACGCCUUUGGUAGUCUUGCAGAAUACAAACUCAGGUUAGUUUGUGUAAAUAUUGUUUUGAAAACUACAUUGCUAAUGAGUUAAGUUAGUGCUGACGACCAAUUUGCAUGGAAAUGAAAUGGGUUGCUAUAGGGGUGUGCAAAAUGGGUAGUGCUUUGUGAUGGUCGUUGUAGAGGCAGUAUACGUUUGUACGUGUGUUUAUUUAGCAAAUUAUUGGUUUCCCAGUAGUUUACAUUGUGACUAUUUUUAUGGUAUAACGAUUGAUGAUGGUGGUUGUGGUGUUAAUGGCGGUAUAAGUUUGCAACAUCGGUGUUGUUAAUUAAAAUACUAACAAACACUUUACUUGGGUAACACAUAUUACUGGUUUAAAGUAGCUUACAUUGUGGCCGUUUUCAUGGUAUAUAUAUAUAAGGAUUGCGUUGGGGAAGGUUGAAUAUUACCUUGGAAUUAAUGUUAUGAGAGUAAUUAUACAGGGUGUAAAAAAAACUGAACAGAUUUGAAAUUGCUCUCAAUUUCGAAAAAAACCUAUUUGUAUCCGUUUUAUAUAUAUAUAUAUAUAUAUAUAUAUAUAGCUUCUUUGGGUACUUAUAAUGUAGAAUAAUGAAAAAAUUUCUCGAACUCAAAUUUUGUGAACCAGGGGAAUGUGUCUUUUCUAACAAACUAAAAAUGGCUCGCGCACAAAAUGUAAUCAUAUUUUGAGUUAUAUGUCAUAUUUUGCUAUCUGCGAGCUUAAUUAAUGCCUUUGCCUAAUUUAUCGCCUGUCUGCAAUAUGCAAAUUAGGUAAAGGCAUUAAUUAACUAAACCAAAUUGUCUGAAAUUUGGUACAGUAAUUAAAAACGCAACCAAUUUUCCAUCUAUUAACUCAAAAUAUGAUUACAUCUUUUAAAUUUUGUGCGCGAGCCAUUUUUCGUUUGUUGGAAAAGACAACCCCCUCCAGGUUCACAAAAUUUGAGUUCGAGAAUUUUUUUUCGUUAUACUACAUUAUAAGUAUCCAAAGAAGCUAUAUAUAUAAAAACCGGGUACAAACAGGUGUUUUGCGAAAUUGAGAGCAAUUUCAAAUCUGUUCAGUUUUUUUAUACACCCUAUAGUGGUGGAGAUUGAUGAGAAUUGUGGCGACUUUGGAAUGACUCUAAAUGAGAUAUUUCAAAGAAUAUUGACAUCGUUAGAUUGUGUUUAUUAUAUUAAUUGUCAAAGUACAUAUUGUAAUAAAUAUAAUAAGAAUUCAGUGAUGAUAGUGAUAAUAAUGUAGCUGGUGAACUACUAAUUUGUAGUUGGCGACGAUACUGACAAGCGAGUAAUUGUGGGACUAAUUAAUUAAAUAAAAGGUGAUGAUGAUAACUAUGAAUAUUUAAAAAAAUAAAUAGGAAACAUGCAACUGAUACGAGCAGACGUGACCUGUUAAAAAUUCGUGAUGUUUACUGCGUUUAUCUUCCAUUUUUCUACAUUUUUCUACAUUUUUCAUAUUCAAGUAUAUAUAUUGAGUUCAAAAACUCAUUAAUAAUUCAUGAAGCAAUUAUCCAAUCUUGAGUAAGAAAUUAGUCACGUGCAUACGUCUUUAUACCUGCUAAAGAACACUUUAACAAGAGACCAUUGUUAUGCAAACUAUAUAAAGAUUUUUAUAUAAAGAUUUUUAUAUAAAUAUUUUUAUUUAAAGAUUUUUAUAUAAAGAUUUUUAUAUAAAGAUUUUUAUAUAAAGAUUUGACUUAUGUAUUAUGCAAACGUUUUUGAAGCCAUUUAAAAAACUCGCAGGUCGUGUUUUAUUAGGUCUAAAGCCACUCGCGCUGUGCGCUCGUGGCUUUAAACGUAAUAAAACACUCCUGCUCUUUUGUUAAAAUAGUACAUUAAAAAUGGUGGCUUUUAUACCUGCUUAUGCUAUGGCGCAAAGUAUUCGAGGGCAAAGUCCUUUGUCUUUGUUUUAGUGUUUUUGCUUUCGUAAUCAAGAAAUUGGCGUCACAAAAAUUAUUAUUGAUAUAAUUGAAAUUUGUGACACGUAGUUCGGCAUCUAGUGCUUGAAAUGUUCCCGGAAAAUGUUCAACAAUAUUUAAAUAUUCCCUCGUAAAAAUAAUGACAUGGUUGAAUUCUUAUGUUUUGCUGUACUGUUGCUAAACGUGGAUUUAUUUUGGAUUUAUUGAUGUCUUAAUUUUCAACAGGAUUAAAACGCUAUCAUUGAAAACAUCACGUGCGUAAUAAUGAGUUUCCUAUCCAGUGUUUUUAUGAACCAUGAUAAUACCGGAGUCAACGGUGCGCAGCGUCGUUUCGGCAUAAAGCUGGGACGAGGAUAUACUAUAAUUCCGGCCGGCUAUUUACACCCGGAGAAAGGAGCGCAUUAGCAAAGCCUAAAGUUUAUCAAUAAUCGUGGGCGCAUAAUUAUGGUUCACCGUUCUGUGGGUGGACAUCCAUACUGAUCUCAAAAUCUGUCGUGAAUAGCGAAAAAUGAUUGGUCAAAUUUAAAAUUUGCAUAUUAACGACAGCGAUAUAACGAACAUUUCUUGCAAAUAUAUUUAAUUUUUGCGAGAGAUUUUGUAAAUUUUAAAACCCUUUUGAGAAAAAAAACCCAAAAUUUCCGAAACAAAGGCAGAGAACACGUUUUAAACAUUGAUGCAUUGUUUGCUUUAUAAUAUUGCUUUAAAAACUGGGCGUUGCGUAUAAUGAAGGGGGCAGCAUAUAAUUUCAGGGUAUCUUUAUUAAUUGCUCUUUUUUAUUAUAUUAAAAUUUUUGAAUAAAGAGAAAAGUAAAGUCUUAAUAAAAUCAUCGUGUUACCGCAACUACUACUUUCAAUAUACUUCAUGUUCGGAUAAUAUAAUGAUUUUGUCAGUAACGUAAAGCGAGGGUUUCUGCACGCAUAUAUUUCUAGUACAAUAGUAAUAGUGGUUGUCGUUGUAAUGGAAAUAGAAGUGGUAACGGGGACGAUAUAUAGUUACUAAUUGUGAUAGGGAAAACACGAAUUUGGGAUUAUGAACCAUUUAGUGAUUGUAUAUUGGCAGAAAUUCCGAUUCUCGCAUGCUUCUACACAAAACGUUCCACUCAGUAAUCUUAUUUUCUUUAUUAGAGCCUGGUUUAACUUACGGUAGCCCUGCAAAUUCGUUCAUGGGAGACUAUCUAUAUCUGAGCACAUCGAUUUACACUGACGGAUUCCUUUCCAACAAUAUGGAAGUGAAAUAUAAUUAUCAUCGCACAUUCUCCACCGGCAGACUCUUUGCAUUCUUUCCCAACCAUCGUGAACAGAAUCCGAGUACGCAACACAACCAUGAUCUCGUAUACGAAACACAAGGGGUUGCGGUAGAUUGGAGGAACACUGGAAUGGUUUUAGCAGAAAGGAUACCUGGUAAUUUCUUUUAUCUAACUGAGGUUCAUUACAGCGGAAAUGGUUGCUAUACAUCCAGUGAUCGUUGGAUUGAGGCAAAUGGAACAGCAAUUGGACUGAGAUAA